GUUGUUGUAUGUCAGAAUGUUAUAAAGAACAGAGCAGCAUGCUGUAAUGUUCUAUCACAUGAGAUGUUGCAUGCCUUUGACCAUUGUCGCGCAAAAUUGGACAUCAGUAAUAUUGAACAUAUGGCUUGCACAGAGGUUCGAGCAGCUAAUAUGUUCCAUUGCACAUUAGUUAGUGCAUUUGCAAAUGGGGAGGCGAAACCAUGGAACUAUCUUAACAGACAUGUGAACUGUGUGAAGCGUAAAGCUAUGACAUCAAUUAUGGUAGUUAGAAAUGUAACUGAACAAGAGGCAAGUGACGCUGUAGACAAAGUGUUUAAUAGAUGUUAUAAUGACCUUGAACCAUUCGGUAGAAGGAUAAGAAAAGGAACAGAUGACGAUGAAAAAAGUUUAAAGGAAGGAAUUCUUUAUGGAUAUAUGGAUAAAGAGCAAUAGCUUUUAUAUUUUAACCUUUGAUCUCAUAAAGCAGAAUGAUACACCUACCAAAUAAAUAUGUUAUAAACACAAUAUUUAUGUUUUAAUUGUUAUUGACUAUGAUUUUAAUAGUUGUGAUGUUAGAAUUAUGGAAGUUAUGGUUAAGUAAUUGCUCAUCAUUUUAAUAAUGGACCUGGGAAAGAAAGAUGCACUUUAGAUAAUUAGUCCCAGAAUGGACAUAUAAUGGUUUUCUGUGUUCAUGAGGUAUGAAGAAUUUGGAUUAAACAAUUAUUUUAACAUUAUGCUCAUUUUUAGCUUGUCUGUUUUGAAGAAAAGGUCAAGCUAUUAUGAUCACUGCUGCGUUAUAGUUGUGCAAAAUCUUUACUGUAGCCAAUUAUACAAAAAUUAAAAAGGUAACAUCAUGAAACGUGGAAUACUUGUUGAUCAUGACAAAGUGCAGUUGUUAGACAUGCAUUGAUGUCGGUGUCAUUUUUAUGCCCCUGCCAUAAAAUGGCUGGGGCAUAUAGUGUUACCCUAUUCAGUCCUUCCGUCAUUCCGUCAUCAUCAGUUUCUGUUCAUUAUCUUAGUAACGGCUGCACACAUCCAACGCAAAUUUGAAAUUUGGAUAUAUCAUGAGAAGAUACAGGUCAAGUUCGAAUUUGGUCAUGGUCAGAUGAUUUUUGACAGAGUUAUGCCCCAUGAUGAAAUUUUCAGUUACUGUUCAUUAUCUCCCCAACAGUUGUAUACAUUCAACUCAAAUUUGACAUUAUGGAUACGUCAAAGGAUUGCACAGGUCAAGAUUAUUCAAUGAUUUUUGGCAGAGUUAUGCCCCUUUCACUUUGAAAAUAAUAUGAAAUUUUCAGUUUCAGUUUAUUUUCUCCCCAACAGUAUUGCACUUUCAACUCAAAUUUGACAUAUGGAUACGUCAAAGGAAUGUGCUUGUCAAGUUUGAAUUUAAUCAUGGUGUGAUGAUUUUUUGCAGAGUUAUGCCCCUUUCACUUUGAAAAUAAUAUGAAAAAUCAGUUUCCAUUCAUUAUCUCCCCAACGGUAUUACACAUUCAACUCAAAUUUGAUGUAUGAAUACAUCAAAGGAAUGCACAGGUCAUGUUUGAAUUUGGUCAUGGUUUGAUGAUUUUUGGCAGAGUAAUGCCCCUUUAACUUUAAAAAAAAGGAAAUUUUCAGUUUCCGUUCAUAAUCUCCCCAACAGUUGUACAUAAUCAAGUCAAAUUUAACAUAUGGAUAUGUCAUAAGAAUUCACUGGUCUACUUCCAAUUUGGUCAUGGUUUGAUGAUAGCUCAGAGAGUUAUCCCUCUUGAACUUUGAAAAAAAAUCAGAAAUUUUUAGUUACCAUUCAUUAUCUCCCCAAUGGUUGUACACAUUCAACUCAAAUUUGACAUAUAGAUACAUCUUAGGAAUAAGUAGUUCAAGUUUGAAUUUGGUCAUGGUUCAAUGAUUUUGGACAAAGUUAUCUCUCUUGAAUGUUGGAAAAAAAUUGAAUUUUCAGUUUCAGCACUCAUACUUUUGUGGAAGUGUAUGUAAUCAUUAUUUUGGCUACAAAUAUGCAAUAUGCAUUUUACAAAAGGUUAACGCUGAAUAGCUUCAGUGCCUUGAACUUUGUAUAAAAAUGGUUUGUGUCAACAUUGAAUAGUUUUAAGGGCUUUGAACUUAAAAUGAAAAAAAAAGUUUGUGCAAACAAAUUUGGAACUAAAUAUUAUAACAUCUGAAAUUUUGGCUGCAUGCGGGGGCAUCCGUGGCGUGAUGACACAUUUCUAGUUUGUUUUAGUUUUUGCAUGCAAGUUGGUAUCUCCACAAAUAAUGAAGUUAAUAAGUUGAAUCUUCACAUUCUUAUUUGAGAGCAUAAGAGAUGGUCACUAUCCAAGGCCUACAUUUCUUACAUUGAUGUUAACAGAAUUAUGGCUCUUUUUUAACAUGGAAUAUUAUUCAUUAUCCAAACAUUUGUUUUACUAUCAAACUCUGGGAUUAGUUGAGCAAGCUGACCUUUUAACAGCUCUUGUUGAAUUUUCAAGUUUAGCUGAAUAAGCUAUACAUUUAAAAAGAUUGACUAUUUUACUGGUCAUUGACCAAUAAUUGAUAAUGUAAAAAGUUAGGGAUAAAAUAUAACAACUAACUAAAAUGCAUGUAUAAAAAGAAUGCCCCACUUUUUAUCAAUUGAAUAUUAAUAAUACAUUCCGAAGAAUAUUAAUAGGAUUUUUUGUGAGUCACAUGGGUUAUUGAUUGUACAAAUGAACUAGACUAUAUAAUUGAAAACAGUGGUGGCAUAAUCAAAAGUUAUUUUGACUUUACACCCUCCAUCUACACAGACGGGCAUAAUGUCACUUUAAAACUAGAUUAUAUAUUAGAAUGACAUACUUUAAAUGGACUGAAGUUUCAUUUUUUUGGAAAUAUUUGUUUAAGUAUGAUGAUAUUAAUUUUUACUUGUAAUUUAAUAAAAAAGUAAUAAUGAAAA